UUUUUUUAUCAGGUAGAUACGAGCUCCACCAGCCUUUAAAUCCACGGAUCAGGCUCAGAGGUGACAAACACGCUAUCAAGGCUAAAGCGUCCCGUGCAGUCAUGGCCUCCUCUCUUCCUCUCCUCCUGCUCGUCGUGUGCACCCUGAAUGUGGCCCAAUCUCAGAUCCGGGUCUUUGACCUGCGGGCCACCGGUCUGCCCUCAGACCUGCUCGGAAUCUCAGACGGCUACGUGACCAUUUACUGUGCUUCAACCAGUCUGGGGAAGACGUCCGUCCAACACGACACCAUCAACCCGUGGUGGCCGGAGGAGUUCUCCUACUACAAGGCCAAGGAGAACGACCUGCUGAGACUCGAAGUUCACGACAGCGACUUGCUCUUCGACGACCUGCUGGGAGUCUGUGAGCGUCCGAUCAAAGUGGGCACUCACAGCCAUGACUGCUACCUGGCAGAAGGCGGCACCCUCCAUUACUCCUACACCCUCCAGGGACAGUAGCAGGUGUAGUUCGGCUGCCACCCUGGCAGCGUUUGAAACUUUGACACGUCCUCAGCUGAAAGUCCUGUCAAAGAAAUAAAAAUCAUGUACAAGCA